AUGUCUGAUCGCGUGUUCUGGCGAUGCUCGCGUCGGGAGUGCAAAGCUACCGCGGUGACAGUAGGAGGACGAGUAGAGCAUGUUCGUAUCCUCCAUACUCACAAACCGCCAACCCCAGGUGAAUUUUUUUCCUCCGCUGCCGCCACCGCCACAACAACGGCAAUGACUGAGCCCAUCUCCCACCUUGAUAUGAGCGUGAGAUCGAAUCCUACUGGCCGGGUUCGACGUAGAAGCCACCACCAACAGCAGCUCCAACAACAGACCAUAAAGUCGGUUAAUGAAGGGACGGGAAAGAACAGUUGCUCUCAUUCCCAUGUUGUGGCCACGAUCCCCUCAAUUGUCGAACGGCACCAGGUGGAACAACAGUCGUCAACCGAUCUUAAGUCCGGGAAUGACUGCAAAAUUAUCCGCGAGAACUGCUUUCAGUCGGUAAAUCAAAAACAGCGGCUUCCACCACUCAUUUCUCCUGUGAGUCUCAGUCAAGAGGGGUCUCCAAAGUACCCCCAUUUCAACGAAAUUGACAGUCGGGGUCUUAGUGCUCUUGCUGAUGCAGCUGUUCAUCAGUCGAAGCGCGAUUCACAGAACUCAACCCCCGAUCCGCCAUUUGAAGCACCUGCAGCGUCGCCCUCUCUGUCUCAGACGACUCCCACGACCCACCUCCUCUCACCUCUGAUACCCUCCGAUAGUGUAACCGCAUCCGCAACCACAGUGUCGGGCCAGUUCGUUCUUUUGGGUCCUCGUAACCUCCCCACUCCUCUAUUGGUUACUAGUAGUUCUGACGUCCCCUUCCUUCCAACGCCCUCCUAUCUGUCCAACUAUACACGCCGUUUCUCCGUGUCCGAGAUGCCAACUUCUGCAAGGAACAGCCUUCAUAAAUCUCUCAUUCAGCCUGAACUGUCUCAGAAUCUCCAGACGACCGUCCCUUCUGUGUCUUACAGCAGCCUAAGUAAGUGA